CUUCGCAACCUCCCAGUUCGCACUUAACCUCCUUCCACAGCGUCUUCAAGCUGAUUCUACUUCCACCGUACUGCGUUGCGGUGCCCUUCCAUGGCUGCCAUCUCACUGGACGAAGCUAAUUUCCUGGCCCUAGUGUUCGAGGCCUUGUUAUAUGGAUCUUUCACGGUUCUGUUCAUCGCUGCCAUCUAUAUCAUUUUCCAGAAGCGAUCAGGAAUAAACAUAAAACUUCUCUCGACUGUUGUCGCCAUUUGGGUUCUAUCAACUGUUCAUCUGAUUAUAGACAUCAUUCGCGCCAUCGAGGCAUUCGUUGAGCUAGAGCGAGGGGGGGCCCUGCAAUACUAUUUAGAUCUAUCAAAUCCUUUGCAGGCUGCCAAAACAGCAAUAUAUGUCACUUUGACCCUCGUCGGAGACGGGUUCGUGAUCUACCGCUGCUUUAUCGUAUGGAAUCGUAAAUGGUACAUCGUACCUGGUCCUCUUUUGCUGCUGUGUGGCACAGCCGUCGGCGGUUUUGGUGCUACUGUCGCCUUUUCCCGCGCUGCACCUGGAGCGGAAGUGUUCUUGCCGAAUAUCGUUCCUUGGAUCACUAGUUUCAUUUCAAUGACUCUAAGCACUAAUGUCGUCUGCACAUCUCUCAUAACCUAUCGGAUUCUUAGCAUUCAGAGAGCUGUUCGAGGUGUCAUUCAAGUGAACCUCGGUCAUUCGGCUCUUAUGAUGGUCGUCGAGUCAGCUGCAGUAUAUUCGGCCUCCGUGCUUUCAUUGAUGAUCACCUACACACUCGGUUCAAAUGCCCAGUAUACGGUCCUAGACUUGACCUCUCCCUUAAUUGGAAUCACGUUUACCGUGAUCAUCCUUCGUGUCAGUCUCGGUAUCAGCUCUCGAGAUUUAACGGCAUUGUCGCAGUCAGGGCAAGAUCGCAGCGCCCCGCAGAGUUUCUCUCUGAACCGCCGAACUCCCGUCGCAGUAAAUGUUAGCCAUCUCGUUGAGAUGGACUCAGGCGAUUACCCAAUUCAAAGACAGGAUGAAGCUUCUCUGACAAAACACCCCAUGGUCUAACGAACCCUUCGCCGAACAUUGUUACGUCCUUGUCACCACCAUCACUCUACGAUUUGCGAUGUUUUCUUUGAGAUAAUUCACACGCCGCUAAACCCCUUGAUUACAUGAUAGACUGUCAUUUGAUGGACACAGGUACAUAAUAACCCUGCGACACCUAUUUCGAAGAGUCGAAUCACUCUGUUUGUUGGCAUGGCUAGGCUUAAGUUAACAAGUUCGGUUGAUCCUUUCGUGCCCCAGCACCCGGGUUACAAGCUUCGAAUUCUGAGGCCCAUCUGAUCCGAAGUGAUCGCUGAAACACAUUCACGCUGCUUCGAAGUCAAUUUCUCAAUGCCCGCGUGCUUAAUUUCCUUGUGUGUGCACAAUAUCACCCGAUACAAGAUGGUAAUCAUCCUGACAGACGGUUUGGUGGGAAGAC